AAAGAAGGAAAUUGGAAGUACGUUAGACCAAUGAAGCUGUUGGCUUAGUCUUGGCUAAUUUUAGUCUGGUUUUGAAGACUGUCCUCUAUGAGAAUAUCCUGUUGAUGACAUUCCAGUGGGAAUUGGAAUACUUGUUGGAACAGAGUGCUUUUGCUGAGGAUUCUUGCUGUAAUCCACCUCCUGGGUCGGGAGGGCCUGAUUUGAUUGUGUGGAGGGAAGUGACUAGGUUUUCUACAAUAAAAUCAGAGGAUAUGGGUGUAUUAGGAACAAUGUACGAUGGGAACGGGCUAUGCAUCAAGGCUGAAAGCAAGUCUGCAAGAGGAGGAACGAGGAAAUUAAAAAAGAAGCAGAGGAGCAGACAAAACCGCUAACCUUGUCAACGAUUGUUUGAGAAAACAGUUCCAUUUGAGUUAGAAAGAGAUCUCGAACGGUUGUAUCUGUCUGACAACCGAAUUGCUGCAAAGCAGCUGCUGUCUUAUGAUUUAGUGGUAUAAAACACCAGGAAAGAAGAGUUGCAAUUCUUCACAGAAUUGCAUCUCUUUUUUGCAAGGGUGCAACAAGCACCAAUUGGUAAUUGCGGAGUACAAAUAAAUUGAACAUGCCCCA